UAUCUUCAAGACAGUGAGUAAGCGGGCCUUCAACGAAGCGAACGGUGAAGCGCGAAUGUCGACCACAAUCAUUUGAAGAUUAUUUCUGGAUUGUGCUGAAGAAACAAAAAGCAAAAUUCUGUCAAAAUUGUGCGCGUUCGUGCCCGAUGUCUAGUGCUGAAGUCGCCGAUAAUUCCGUUGACCCCCCGGCUAAAAAGCGGAAGCUAAACAUAGGAGAAGCGAGUUGCAAAUCAUCAGCAAUGGCGAACAAUGGAACGCGUGUAGAAGAUGAAAUCGACGAGAGUUUGUAUUCGAGGCAGCUCUACGUCCUCGGUCACGAUGCUAUGCGUCGCAUGGCCCAUUCCGACGUCCUGAUCUCUGGAUUGGGAGGUUUGGGAGUUGAGGUUGCAAAAAAUGUGAUUUUGGGCGGCGUAAAAUCGGUUACCCUUCAUGAUGAUCGGACAUGCACAAUAGCUGAUUUAUCAUCACAGUUUUAUUUGUCUGAAGAUACAAUCGGCCAAAACCGAGCUGUAGCUUCAUGCGAGCAGCUAUUAGAAUUGAAUCACUACGUACCGACAACGGCGUAUACCGGUCCGUUGACAGAGGAGUUUCUGCAGAAAUUCAGGGUUGUUGUGCUUACGUGUGCAUCUAGAGCUGAACAGGACCGUGUAGCGGCUAUCACUCAUGCCAAUAACAUAGCCUUGGUGAUCGCUGACUCUAGAGGGUUGUUUUCACAAGUUUUUUGCGACUUUGGGCCUGAAUUUACUGUUUACGAUGUCACUGGAGAAAACCCUGUAUCUGCUAUGGUGGCGGAUAUUACUCAUGAAUACGAGGCAGUUGUUACUUGCUUAGAUGACACUCGCCAUGGUCUGGAAGAUGGUGACUAUGUUACCUUCAGUGAGGUACAAGGCAUGACAGAACUUAAUGGCUGUGAACCACGCAAAAUCAAAGUACUGGGUCCCUAUACCUUCAGCAUUGGAGAUACAACCAAAUUUUCGAAAUACUUCAGAGGAGGCAUCGUAACCCAAGUGAAGAUGCCCAAAAAACUCAGCUUCAAACCUCUUAGUGAAUCUCUGAAGGAACCAGAGUUCCUGAUCACCGAUUUCGCCAAGAUGGACUAUCCACAGCAAUUACAUCUUGCUUUCGCUGCAUUGCAUAAGUUUGAAGCGUCAGAAGGAAGGCUGCCGAAGCCCUGGAGUAACGAUGAUGCUGCUAAAUUUGUGGAAUAUGUAAAGAAUUUACUGAAAUCGGAAGAGAUCUUCAAGGAGAGCGAUGUCGAACUCAACACUGAGCUUUUGGAAAUUUUUGCUAAGGUGUCAUCUGGCGAUCUAAACCCAAUGAAUGCAGCGAUCGGAGGCGUAGUUGCACAAGAGGUGAUGAAAGCAUGCUCUGGAAAGUUCCACCCCAUCGUCCAGUGGCUAUACCUGGAUGCCAUUGAAUGUCUGCCCAAAGACAAGGCCUUGCUCACUGAAGAGAAUUGUAAGCCGACUGGGUCAAGAUAUGAUGGACAAGUGGCUGUCUUCGGCAAGGACUUCCAGAAGAGAAUUGGCGAACUUAAAUACUUCAUUGUUGGCGCUGGCGCCAUCGGCUGUGAGCUUCUGAAGAACUUCGCGAUGAUCGGUGUGGGAGCGGGCGGGGGGCAGGUGACCCUCACAGACAUGGACCUCAUCGAGAAGUCCAACCUGAACCGACAGUUCCUCUUCCGGCCUCAUGAUGUGCAGAAACCCAAGUCGAGCACCGCUGCUAAGGCUGUAAAAAAAAUGAAUCCAUCAAUGAAUGUACUCGCACAAGAGAACCGCGUGUGCCCAGAAACAGAAUGCGUGUACGAUGAUGCGUUCUUCGAAGCCCUGGACGGUGUGGCCAACGCUCUGGACAAUGUGGACGCUAGGAUUUACAUGGACAGGCGCUGUGUGUACUACAGGAAACCAUUGUUGGAGAGCGGCACGCUCGGUACUAAGGGAAAUACUCAGGUGGUGGUGCCGUUCCUGACCGAGUCGUACAGCUCGUCCCAAGACCCACCAGAGAAGAGCAUACCCAUUUGCACGCUGAAGAACUUCCCGAACGCGAUCGAGCACACGCUGCAGUGGGCGCGCGACGAGUUCGAGGGGCUGUUCCGGCAGGCGGCCGAGCACGCGGCGCAGUACCUGCGGGAGCCGCACUUCCUGGAGCGCAGCAUGAAGCUGCCGGGCAGCCAGCCGCUGGACGCGCUGGAGAGUGUGCGGAACGCAAUAAACGAGCGGCCGCUGAGCUUCGACGACUGCGUGACGUGGGCGCGCGUGCACUGGGAGGCGCAGUACUCCAACCAGAUCAAACAGCUGCUGUAUAACUUCCCGCCUGAUCAGGUGACAACCAGCGGGGCCCCAUUCUGGUCGGGGCCCAAGCGUUGCCCCGCACCGCUCACGUUCGACCCCAACAAUGAGCUCCAUCUUGACUAUGUUGUGGCUGCAGCUAACCUGAGGGCCCAGGUCUAUGGGAUACCCACGUGUGUCGAUAGGGAACGUAUCGCGAAGGUGGCUGAUAGUAUUAAGGUACCAGAAUUCAAACCAAGAUCCGGCGUUAAAAUCGCGGUAACCGAUGCGCAGUUACAACAGAACAACGACGAAAUGGACCAAGACAGAGUCAAGAACAUUGUAUCGGACCUGCCCCCGCCCAGCAAGCUCGGCAACCUCAAGAUCACUCCGCUGGACUUCGAGAAGGAUGACGACACCAACUUCCACAUGGACUUCAUUGUAGCUGCUUCUAAUUUACGUGCAGCCAAUUAUAACAUACCUCCAGCUGACAGACAUCGCUCCAAGCUCAUCGCAGGAAAGAUUAUCCCAGCCAUAGCGACUACAACCUCUGUAGUUGCUGGCCUCGUCUGCCUCGAACUCUACAAACUCGCCCAAGGUUUCAAUACUCUAGAUGUGUUCAAGAACGGCUUUGUUAACCUCGCACUACCGUUCUUUGGCUUCUCUGAGCCGAUCGCAGCGCCAACCAACACGUAUUACGAUAAGAAAUGGACGCUCUGGGACCGCUUUGAAGUCAAAGGUGAAGUUACCUUGCAAGAGUUCAUCGAUUACUUCAAGAAUGAACAUAAGUUGGAAAUCACGAUGUUAUCGCAAGGUGUGUGCAUGCUCUACUCGUUCUUCAUGCCCAAGAACAAGCGUCAAGAGCGGCUGAACUUGCCCAUGUCUGAAGUUGUGACCAAAGUGUCGAAGAAGAAGCUGGAGCCCCAUGUGAAGGCGUUAGUGUUCGAACUGUGCUGCAACGACGAGGACGACAACGACAUCGAAGUGCCCUACGUGAAAUAUACUCUGCCUUAACCAAGUGAUAAACAAACAGAUCGGUGACCGACCGAGGCAUUUCGUCGCAUUUACGAUGCCGCGAUGUUUACGAAUUUUUUCACACACAGAGGGUAUUUUUAACAGCGAUUAGGUUAUAGAUUUUUAAUCGAGUGCCUCAGCGAUGUACAGUGAUAACCGUGAUUGGACAAAUUAUUUUGAGUGCUUCGAGACACGCUUUCAUCGUCUAUUAUUACUUUAUAUUUAUCGUAGUUACUUUUGCUCACUAUCACAUUGUGCUGUUCGUUUCGUUAUUAUUAUUUUAAUGUCCGUAUUGGAAUUUGAAAUUAAAUCAGAUGGGUCUGUAUAUGAAGGAUAAAUAAAAUAAAAUUUGAGCAAA